AUGUUCAGAUCGCGGAAGAACGACGAUGUGCAGAGCCGGCUGACGCGGCAGCAGAAGGAGCGCGUGAAGCAGUUCGUCAGCAGCACUGGCGCAAGUGAGCGCGAUGCAGUGGCAGCGCUGCAGGGCAGCGAGUGGGAGGUGGCGCCAGCGUUGGCGCGCUACCAGGCAGGGGGUGUGCCCAUGGCCGCGCGGGGCGGAGGGGGCUUCCUGGCAGCCCUGACGGGGCGCUCGCACCACCAUCACCAGCAGCAAGGGGGGCAUGGCAUGGCGCCCCAGCAGCCGCCAGUGGAUCCCAUACAAGAGCUCUUCCUGCGCUAUAAAGAUCCGGAUUCAGAUAUGAUUCUCGUGGACGGCAUCUCUCGCUUGUGUGAGGACCUCGAGCCCGCGUGCAUGCAGUGCAGUGCACGUCUGCUGCCAGCCUUAUACCUGUUCCCCUGGCCCCGUGCGCCGUGUGCCCUGCAGCUGGUGCUGUCAUGGCAUCUGGGCGCCGCCACCAUGUGCGAGUACUCUCGCCAAGAGUUCACCGCCGGCCUGCGCUCGCUGCGGGUGACGUCACUGGAGGCGCUGAAGGCGUUGCUGCCAUCAUUCCGCCGCGAGCUACAAGACGAGAACGUGUUCCGUCAAAUAUACAACUUCGCGUUCGCCUGGGCCAAGGAAAAGGGUCAGAAGUGGCUGGCGCUGGACACGGCCAUCGGCAUGUGGCAGCUGCUGCUGGGCUACCGCAGCUGGCCACACGUCGACCACUGGUGUGACUUCGUCAGGGUGCAGCACAACAAGGCCAUAUCCAAGGACACCUGGUCGCAGCUCUUUGAGUUCUCCCGGCUGACGCAGGGGCAGUUGGAGCAGUACGAUGAGGGCGGGGCGUGGCCGUACCUCAUAGACGAGUUCGUGGACCACCUCCGUGCUGCUGGCUCCCUGCCUCCCAACUAA